AUGGAAACGCAACUCCACACUGCCCUGAUCCUUCUGUCACCAGAUAUUGCCCAGGUGGUCAUCACCUUCGGGUUGUUGGGAGUUGCCUUUCAUUUGGCCGUUCGUAAUACUGAGAUCGACUACCGACUUUGGAGACUAUUUUCUAUCUAUUUGCUUAUUUGGGCCUGUUUGGUUGGCAUCUAUCUCAAUUCUUUUGGGUUGAGUUGGUUGAAUGCCCUCGGCACAGCUUGGUUCGCCGGACUCUGCUUUAAUGUUGGACUGCUAAGUAGCAUUGGAGCUUACAGACUCCUUUUCCAUCGACUGCGAAGCUUCCCAGGUCCGUUGGGUGCCAAACUCAGCCGGUUCUAUGCUGUUAGCCUUGCUUCCAAGGGAUUGCAGUAUCAUCUGGAGCUAAAAAAGCUGCAUGACCAAUAUGGCGAUUUUGUCCGUACGGGUCCUCGUGAAAUCUCAAUCAACCGCCCAUCAGCCGUCCAGGCUAUUAAUGGCUCCAAGUCUGCCUGCAUGAGGUCAACUUGGUACAGUCAAGUAUCGGAUGAUGUGACCGUAAUUAGUCUGAACUCAACGCGUGAUGUUGAGGUUCAUCGCCGUCGCCGUCGGGCUUGGGAUCGCGCGUUUAGUGUUAAAUCAAUGGCGACAUAUGCUCCUCGCGUGCGUUCCAAGGUUGAUGUCUUUAUAUCUCAACUUCGGGAGCGUGUCGGCCAGCCACUUAACUUGACCGAAUGGACAAUGUUCCUUACAUUCGACAUCAUGGGUGUAGUCGGAUUUAGCAAAGAUUUUCAACAACUUGAAGCAGCCAAAGAGCACAGUGCUAUCAAGGGACUGCAUGAUCAAAUGGCGGCUUUGGGUUUAUUGGCUCAUAUCCCAUGGUUUCUGUCCUUAUUGGGCUCCAUUCCUGGUUUGAGCGGAAGUUAUGGCUUAUUCAUCGAUUACUGCCAUAAGCAAGUCAAAGAGAAAGUUGAUUCAUGGAAACAAGACGAUACUCAAGAUCCGUCCGAUGUCAUUUCCUGGCUCCUCAAGGCAAAGAAAGAUAACGAUGGAACUGCUCCCCCAGGUGAACAAGCUUUGGAUGAAGAUGGUCGUCUAAUGAUCAUCGCAGGAAGCGACACAACUGGAGCUACCCUAGCGAAUGCACUAUACUUCCUAACAGUCAAUCCAUCAAUAUACCAAGAACUUCAACGACAGCUCGACGGGCUAUUUUCCAGCGCCGGAAAUUCAUUCACAUAUGAACAAGUGCGCGAUAUCCCAUACGUGGAGGCAAUCAUCAAUGAAACUCUACGACUCAAGCCAGCUGUACCCAGUGGUCAACCUCGUGUUACUCCUCCCGAAGGUCUUCAGAUCGACGACGUGUGGAUUCCAGGUGAUGUAAACGUCGUCGUUCCGCAGUAUAUUCUUCAACGAGACAAUAGAAACUUUCCCGAGGGCGACAAGUUCGUACCUGAAAGAUGGCUCGUUGAAAAUAAGAAGAAUAUGAUCUCGAAUGAACAGGCUUACUUUCCUUUCCAACUUGGUCAAUACUCCUGCGCCGGUAGACAACUUGCUCUCAUGGAACUCCGUCUGGCCAUUGUACUCGUCGCGCUUAAUUUUGACCUCGCACUGGCUCCAGGAGAAACUGGCGUUGAGUUUGAUCAAGGUGCUAAAGAUACCUUUACGCUGACACUAUCUGGGUUGCAAGUUGUAUUACAGGAGCGUACCAGGAUUUAG